UCAAAAUUUGUAAAACCACCAAUAAACCCAUCAGGUCAAUAUUUCUUUAGUCCGCAACUCCUGUUCUUCUUAGGUUUCCUUCUUCUAGGGUUUUUCUCUAUUUCCUUUUCCUUCUUUCUUUUGUUGAUUUCCAUUCUCUUUAAAACGGAUGUGAGAUUAAGAUCACACCCAUUGUUCUCCAGCUUCCAGGACGGUUUUGAAAAAAAAAAAAUCUGCAAAUGAAUAUGGAAGCUCGAGUUGGUGUAGUGGUCGAAGGAGGACAGCAGGCUCUUAAUUCUGCUCACGCUCACGACGGCGGGGCCAGGAAAUAUUUUCACCAACAAGGCCAGAACAAACCCUCCUUGAACCAGCAACCGCAGAUUGGCACAGUGCAGCAGCUUUUAGCCGGUGGUAUUGCCGGUGCCUUUAGCAAGACAUGUACCGCCCCUCUUGCUCGCCUUACUAUCCUCUUUCAGGUGCAAGGUAUGCACUCUGAUAUUGCUUCAAUGAAGAAAGCCAGCAUUUGGCGUGAAGCUUCACGUAUCAUCAAUGAAGAGGGAUUCCGGGCAUUUUGGAAAGGCAAUCUGGUCACAAUAGUUCACCGACUACCUUAUUCGUCUGUCAAUUUCUAUGCUUAUGAACAAUACAAGAAGUUUCUGCACUCAUUGGUUAGGGAAAGAUUCCAGGGCAAUGCCAGCGCAGAUCUUCUUGUGCAUUUUUUUGGUGGUGGUUUGGCUGGAAUAACAUCUGCCUCUGUUACAUACCCCCUGGACCUUGUUAGAACCAGACUAGCAGCACAGACAAAUACCAUUUACUACAGAGGCAUUUGGCAUGCAUUCCAUACCAUUUGCCGAGAAGAAGGUUUCUUAGGCAUGUAUAAAGGGCUUGGAGCAACCUUGUUGGGUGUUGGACCAAGCAUAGCCAUCAGCUUUUCAGUGUAUGAAAGCUUGAGAUCAUUCUGGCAAUCUCGAAGGCCUAACGACUCCUCUGUUAUGGUCAGUCUUGCUUGCGGUAGUCUUUCAGGCAUAGCAUCAUCAACAGUAACAUUCCCUUUGGAUCUUGUGAGAAGAAGAAAGCAAUUGGAAGGUGCUGCCGGUCAGGCCCGUGUUUAUAACACUGGCCUAUAUGGAACAUUUAAACACAUUGUGAAGACAGAAGGUUUUAAAGGUUUGUACCGAGGGAUUCUACCGGAGUACUACAAGGUCGUCCCAAGUGUAGGCAUUGUCUUCAUGACGUACGAGACUCUAAAAACAGUUCUAUCACAAAUUUCUUCCCGUUCAUAGCUGCUCAUAAACGUUGGAUUCUUCCAUUUAAGUGCUUAUUUUGAGUCACUGUAUUUAUUUCCAGCUAGUAGUCGUAGACAUAGGUUACUGGUGACUAGAAUAUCCUAGAGCGUCAAUUCUUUUUUCCUUUUUAUCCUUUAGAAAUUUUGUGGCAGUAAAUUUUUUGCUCGUUACUGCCAGGAACUAGUAUUUUUAUCUUGUACAGGAAAAGUUUAACCCAAUGACAUUCCGGAUACCAUUUAAAGCUUGAA